GAGGGCGCAGGCCCUAGCUCUGGGGAAAGUUUAUCCGCCACGGCUACAGCGGGGAUUUGACCAGGACGUGCAGGGCCCAGAGCCCAGCCCGCCUGCCCAGCGCUACUCGCUAGCUAUGGGCCUUGGCCCGACUGUCCUCCCGCUCUGUGCCUCCGUGUCUCUGCUGGGGGGCCUGACCUUUGGCUAUGAGCUGGCUGUCAUAUCCGGUGCCCUCCUACCACUGCAGCUGGACUUCGGGCUGAGCUGCCUGGAACAGGAGCUCCUGGUGGGCAGCCUGCUCUUGGGUGCUUUCCUCGCCUCCCUUGUCGGGGGCUUCCUCAUUGACUGCUAUGGCAGGAGACGAGCCAUCUUGGGGAGCAAUGUGGUGCUGCUGGCUGGCAGCCUGAUUCUGGGUCUGGCCGGCUCCCUUCCCUGGCUUCUCCUGGGCCGCUCAUCCGUGGGCUUCGCCAUCUCUCUGUCUUCCAUGGCUUGCUGUAUCUACGUGUCAGAGUUGGUGGGGCCGAGGCAGCGGGGCGUGCUGGUAUCCCUCUACGAGGUGGGCAUCACUGUGGGCAUCCUGUUCUCCUAUGGCCUCAACUACGUCCUGGCUGGCAGGCCUUGGGGCUGGAGGCACAUGUUUGGCUGGGCGGCUGCACCCGCUCUUCUACAGUCACUCAGCCUCUUCUUUCUCCCUGCUGGUGCAGAAGGCACAGCAGCCCGCCAAGACCUCAUCCCACUCCAGGGAGGGGAGACCAGCAAACUGGGCCUGGUGAAGGCACAGUACACCUUUCUGGACCUCUUCAGGGCUCAGGACGGCAUGUGGAGCCGCACAGUAGUGGGGCUGGGGCUAGUGUUGUUCCAGCAGCUAACAGGGCAACCCAACGUGUUAUAUUAUGCCUCCACCAUAUUUCGCUCUGUUGGCUUCCAUGGGGGCUCCUCAGCUGUGCUGGCUUCUGUGGGGCUUGGUACUGUGAAGGUGGUUGCCACCCUGAUCGCCACGGGGCUGGUGGACCGUGUAGGCCGUAGAGCCCUUCUACUCUCUGGUUGUGCUCUCAUGGCCUUGUCUGUCAGUGGCAUAGGCCUAGUUAGCUUUGCUGUGUCCCUGGAUUCUGGCCCCAGCUGCCUGGCCACAUCCAACACCAGCCAGCAGGUGGACCUGCCUCAAACCCCGGGUCUGCUUGUGCGUACAUCUCUACCACCAGUGCUACACACCAGUGGAGAUCAAGGACAACCAGUCCGGUCAGUCACUGAGAGACCCAUCCAUCCAGUCAUCACAGCGUCCCUGGGACCAGCUCUGAAUAUUGACUCCUCAGUGCCCACUAGUCCCAUCCCGGAGCAUACCCUCCUCUGCUGGUCUGCACUGGUUUGCAUGAUGGUCUACGUGAGCGCCUUCUCCUUUGGGUUUGGACCAGUAACCUGGCUGGUCCUCAGUGAGAUCUAUCCGGUGGAGAUCCGAGGGCGAGCCUUCGCCUUCUGCAGCAGCUUCAACUGGGCAGCUAACCUCUUCAUCAGCCUGUCCUUCCUCGACCUUAUCGGUGCCAUCGGCUUGGCCUGGACCUUCCUGCUGUAUGGGCUGACCGCUGUCCUUGGCUUAGCUUUCAUCUACUUACUCGUUCCUGAAACAAAAGGACAGUCGCUGGCUGAAAUAGAGCAGCAGUUUCAGAUGAGGAGGUUCCCUCUGAGCUUUGGCCACAGGCAGCACAGCGGUAUUCAGUACCGCCGCCUGGAGGUCUCCUCAGCCUCCUGAGGGGUCCGUCUGCUUGGAAGAUGCUGGGACAUUGGUUUCUGCAGCCCAGCUCCAGAUCCCUGCCUGCUGGGGCCUGGAACUCAUGAUCUAGAAUUCCUUCUGUAGAGAGCCCUGCUCCAGAGGCUGCCUCUUACCAGGGAGAGAGAUGAGCACCAAACUCUCCCUUUUGAGUGUGAGACUUCAAGGGCUCUGGAAGCUCUAGUUCCGUGCCUCAGUUUCCCUGUGGAGUUGGCUUGUCUGCCAUGUUUAUAAGGACAUGGUGUGGUGUGUUCACCAAGUGCUUCUCAGAAGACCUGGGAAGGAGGUGUCCCCUACCACCAGCCCAGACCAGCAGAGGCUGAGUCUCCACCUUCCUCAUCCCCUUGCCGGGGUCUUGUGAUCCAGAACCCGUAUUCACCACCGCCUUCCUCUUGCCCAAGAUAUUUAUCAGGUGCUGGGACUCUGACUGGGGACAGCAGGCUGUAACCAAGAUGGCUUUAUGACCCUGCCUCAGCUUCCCCCUGAAACCCUGUGUCUUACGGACUAGGCUGCUCCUAAGAUCCCUUCUCCACAAGGACGGAAGUCUCAGAGCAGGGACAUAAUAAGCACUCGGUGAGGGCCCCCAUCAAAUGGCUCUGGGGACAGGAGCUUUUUUUUUAACAGAGUGCAUCUCAGUUCCAGAGUCUAGCACUCUGGAACGUAAGAGCUGAACCACGACACGUGACAAGCACUAGGAACCCCACGGUUCCCGGGUUUCAGCAAGGGGCUUUGAAUGAAGGAAGGGUUUAGAGGGACUCAUCCAUGUGUUGGCUGUUGUGGCUUCUACUUUGGGUGCUAAUGACUCCCUACGGCCUCAGUUUAUUUGUCUGCAGAAUGGGCACAGUCGUACCCCUCAGGAUAUCUUGACUUACCCCAUCUCUCCCAGGAGGGUCUUCAGUGAGGUCCUGGGGGCUUCCGCUCACCCUGUUACACAGGGCUCUUCUUCAGGGCAUUGUAAAAAGGGUCAGUCAGCUGGAGACAAGCAAGUGGCUCAAGUCAGAGUUGCCAUAAGGAGGACGUCAGUAACAUAGUUUGUUCCUGGAUACUGGGUAGCUGACCUCACCAGCACUGUCAGCCAAGCCUGAUCUGGUGACCACACUCUCUAGAUAUUUCAUUCAUGACCAAUGGCGUGCUGGAUUAAGCCUGUGCUGGCUCCCCAGAGCCGACUCCCACACAGUCAAGAUUUCUACAGACAGGGUGCUAAGCACUGCAAUCGUUGUGAAAGUGUUCUAGUUGAUAGUAAAUGUCAUUAUAGUAGUCAGUGACAUCAUCACUGCCUACGUGAUGGUGCAUGCCUGUAAUCCGAGCACUCGGGGCUUAAGGAUUGAGUGUUGUAGACCAGCCUGGCUUCAAACUGAAACCUUGUCCAAACAAAUCGAUAGGAGAAUACAAAACCUGAGCCCGCGUUGCCACCUCCUAAGGUCUCUGCCGGCUUCUCCCUCCUCCGUGCUGCCGGGAUGUCUUCAUGUAGGUCUGACAGAGACAGAGGCAGGUAUAUGUUUUCCACUUAAGCACUCAGUGUCUUCACAAUGAACCAACCCUGGGUGAGCCUCUGCAUUCCAGAGGUUAGGGAACACUGUAGACCAGGGCUUGGUUUAUCGUUUGUUUUUUUUCUGGAGUUAGGAACUGCUGGGUCAAGUGUUAAUUAUAUAAAUUAAACUCAAAGAAGCCUCCUGUUGUAGCUGGUAUGUUGAAAACAUCGCAGAAAACGGUGUGUGUGUGUGUGUGUGUGUGUGUGUGUGUGUGUGUGUGUGAGAGAGAGAGAGAGAGAGAGAGAAUAUUCUAUUGGUCAGUUCAGCAGACACUUGCUCUUUGCCUCAAUGGAGGGAAGGGCCCUGAUACGCACGCAUCUUACCUUCUGGAAUGUGUGUCUGUCACCUAGCCCCAACUGCACGCUGACUGCUUACAGAAUGCUCUUCAGACGAAAUGUUUUCUCACACAAAGAUGUGUCAUUUAACAGUGUGUUUUGAAAUAAAUUAUCUUGAAGAC